AUGGGAGAUCAAAGAACAGAAUUAAUUAAAAAGUUACUUAUUAAGUUUAAGAAGCCAUUUUCUCUGAAUUCAGAAGAUAGCCCUGAUUUUGAUGACUUUUUCAAGUUAAUUGACCUUAACAGCUAACUAGCAAAUCCAAAGACUCUUUGUCUCAAUUGCUGGAGUCUCCUAAAUGAAUCACAAACAAGAGACCAUAAAAAUUUCUUUGGUCACACAGUGCUGAAUUCAGAUUCUUUUCCUAGCAAGGAAUAAUUCUUAGUUGUAGCUAAAGACAAUGGUAAAUGCACAACGAAUGAGAUGGGAUAAGUUGUAUAUUUGACAACUCCUACUUCUGCUCCUUAGGCAAUGACUAAUUAAAAUGCGGAUUCAUAGAUAUCUAUGCAGUCGCAAAACUCGCAAUUAAACAAUGGAGCAGGAAUGAGAUCGUAUUAAAAUUUUAGAGGUGAUGCAGCUAACCCUGGAAAUCAAAUACAACAGAAUAUAGUGCAAAAUGGAAAUGGAGUUGGACCUGCUUUGAAUGGCUUCUAAGGACCAUAAAUGAACCCAAAUGGUGGUUUUCAAUAAAAUGAGGAGCAGUAUUAAAAGGACGAUUUUGGUGAUGAAAUUUCAGUAAUGAAUAGCUACGCUGAUAAUAUGGCUUAUGUGGACUCAUUAAAUAGAGAGGAGAGAUAUGCAUAGAAAGCCAAGGCUAUGUUUGAUGAUGACGGUAGUGGCAACACAGGAAUUGAAAUCAUAAGACUCAAUAAAAAAUUUGACAUAUUUAUGAAGAGAUUUAUGAGAGCUGAGGAGGAUAUUAAGGAGGUAAAGCAAAACUUUUAUAGAGUCAUGCAUUGCGCCUUUGCUAAAUAUGAGCAAGGCUUCAAGAGGAAGAAUGAGUAUUUAGAAAGAAGAAGAGUUAAGAGAAGAGAGGAAAUAGACAGAGGAGUACAGCAAGAACUCAAAAAGAGAGGAAUGACAGGUGAGCUUGAUGACCCCCUAUUGAUGAACUCAGUAGCUGGAGGUAGAGUAGAUGCUUACACAGGAGCUGGUCAUUAAGGAGGGCAUAAUUAUGGAAUGAACCCAGAAGAUAGCUCAAUAGGAAUUAACAAUAUGGCAGGAGAAGAAAGCAGCCUCUCAAUAAAGAAUCUUGGAAAUAACAAUAAUGGAAUGGGAUUUGAUGACUCGGAAUUGACUACAAACAAUAUAGUUGGUAUAUCUUCUGGAGGCAAUAAAAAGCAUGAUUCAAGCAAAAGUGGAGGAGCAAUACUUUCAAAAGAUAAAGGUAAGAAAGACAAGAAGAAAGGCGACAAAAAGAAAAAAAAGAAGAAGGAUAGAGAUAGCAGCGAUGAUGAUGAGAAGAAAGAACCAUCAAAGCCUUAGAGAGCAAGUAACAGACUGGCAAGAGGACUGCCUGAAGAAACAAAUAUGACAGACUUAAAUUCUAUUCAAUGA